UCAUGUUUCCUCAAGUAUUUCUCAUGGAAUCUGUUUCUUGCAAAUCGCUUUUACUUUCAUUUCUUUUCAUCUCUUGGGCACACUCUGCUUUGUGUGCCGUGGAUGGACUGAAAGGUGGGAAAGUAAGAGGUGUGAACUUAGGUAAUUGGUUAGUUGUUGAAGGAUGGAUGAAACCUUCACUAUUUAAGGACAUUCCCAACGGGGAUAUGCUUGACGGAGCAAAGGUUCAGUUUCAAUCUCUGAGCUCAAAUAAGUACGUAAGUACACAGGAUGGAGGAGGUUCUAGUGUCUUUUUAGACCAAGACACUGACGAUACUUGGGAAACCUUCAGAUUAUGGAGGGUAUCUCAAUCGGAAUAUCAGUUUCGUGCUCCAAAAGGACAGUUUCUAACUGUCACACUUGCUUCUUUUCUAUCUUGUACUGGAAAAGGGGCCUCUGUCAUGGCAACAUCAAAAUUACCGUCUUUGAAUGAAACAUUUACUAUUGAAAGAUCUAGCUUUGGCCGAGUUCGCAUUAAGCAUUCUAGCGGUACAUAUCUGCAGGCUUCUUCUGAAGAUGAGCUCAAGGCAGACUAUGUUGGGACCCCAGGAUUUAAUGAUGGUAGCGCAGCUAUAUUUAAUAUGACUUUUGUUGGUGAGAAUUUGCAAGGAGAGUACCAGCUCUCCAAUGGGUAUGGACUAAAGAAUGCAACAAAAGUGCUUACUGAUCAUAGGAACAGUUACAUUACACGAGAAGAUUUCGCGUUUCUUAGCCAACAUGGUAUAAACACCGUGAGGAUUCCUGUUGGAUGGUGGAUUACCAAAGAUCCCAAUCCACCAGAUCCUUAUGUUGGGGGAAGUUUGGCAGCUCUAGAUAAUGCAUUCAAAUGGGCACAGGAGUUUCGCAUAAAAUGCAUAGUCAGCCUCUACGCAGCUCCGGGUUCCCAGAAUGGAGGGGAUCACAGUUCUAGUCGAGAUGGUUCUAUUGACUGGACGAAAUCAGAUAAUAUCCAGCAAAGCCUUGAUGCUAUAGAAUUCUUAGCCUCCAAGUAUGGAAGCGAUCCAGCUCUAUUGGGGAUUGACCUUUUGAGUGAACCACAUUCUCCUGAAGUUCCUUUCGACACCUUACAGAAGUACUACAAUGACGGAUAUGACAUUGUGAGGAAACAUUCAGCCACAACUUAUGUAAUAAUGUGUCAGUUGACUGGCAACAAUGGUGCAAACCCAGACCCGGCAGUACUUUAUCAUGCCAACACUGGUAAUGGGAAAUCAAACGUUGUGGUGGACUUGCACUACGACAAUCUCUACAAUUCUUUAUUUUUCCAAAAUAUGAGCCCACAGGAGAAUAUCAAUUACUUAUAUAAUCCCAGGAAAACUCAAAUAAAUUCCCUAAACGCUGCUGACGGACCAUUGGUUUUUAUUGGGGAAUGGGUGAACGAAUUUGGCAGAGGCAAGUGGUCUCGGAAGGAAUUUCAAAAGUAUGGUAGUGCACAGUUAGAUGUGUAUGGUUCAGCUUCCUUUGGAUGGGCAUAUUGGUCACUCAAGAAUGAUGCUGUUAAUUUUCGGGAUCUCAAAUGGAAUAUCAACAACAAUUACCUCCAGUUAACUGCAGUCAGGAAGGCGAUAGUUUGGAAGAUCCUUCUACCCGUUUCCUCUUUGGUGGCAAUUAUCAUUUGCAUCUUAGUCUACAUUUAUCUGCUCAAGAGAAAUAAGGCUUAUAAAAGAGAAAGAUUGAAAGGACUCCAAGGGGUGUUGGCAGAUUUGCUGAAAUCCAAGGCUACCUACAAUGACACUCCAAAUAACUCGUUAGAUGAUGGUAAAACAGAAGGAGAAACACAAGAUUUGCAAGUAUUUAACUAUGCUUAUUUAUCCAAUGCUACAAACAACUUUUGUUUGAAAAAUAAGUUGGGAGAAGGAGGUUUUGGGCCAGUUUAUAAGGGUAAAUUGCAAAACGAGCAGGAAAUAGCAGUAAAACGACUGUCUAAAAACUCUGGACAGGGUAUUGAAGAGUUCAAGAACGAGGUUGUAUUGAUCUCCAAACUUCAACACCGUAACCUUGUGAGACUGUUGGGUUGCUGCAUUCAAGGAGAAGAAUAUAUGUUAAUUUAUGAAUACAUGUCCAAGGGUAGCCUGGAUGCGUUUCUAUUCGAUCCAAAUAAGAAAGCACAACUUAAUUGGGAUAAGCGCUUCAAUAUUAUUGGAGGGAUUGCUCGAGGCCUUCUAUACCUUCACCGUGAUUCUCGUUUAAGAGUUAUUCACAGAGAUCUUAAAGUCAGUAACAUUUUAUUGGAUGAAAACAUGACUCCGAAAAUUUCAGACUUUGGAAUGGCACGAAUAUUUGGUGGUGACCAAAUUAUUGCUCAAACUAACCGGGUUGUUGGUACAUUUGGCUACAUGUCUCCAGAAUAUAUAAUGGGAGGUACAUUUUCAGAGAAAUCAGAUGUUUUUAGUUUCGGGGUGUUGAUACUAGAAAUUAUAAGCGGUAAAAAAAAUAACAGCUUUUACAAUCUUGAAGAACCUAUAAACCUCUUACUUCAUACUUGGAAACUUUGGAAUGAAGGGAAAUGGUCAGAGGUUGUUGAUGAGGACUUGGGUGAUUUGUAUUCUCCAUUAGAAAUGAUGAAAUGUGUACAUAUUGGUUUGUUAUGUGUUCAGAAUAUAGCAAUAGAUAGGCCAACAAUGACUGAAGUGGAUCUCAUGUUAAUCAGUGAAACUGAUCGUCCAUCUCCGAAAGAACCUCCGUAUACUUUCCUAACAUCAUCAGAUAAGCCAGAUUCGGGGCCAACUCGCUCCUCAAGUAAUUUAAUCACUAUCACCACGGUUGAAGGUCGAUGAGGCAUCAUAUUUUUUUCAAUCAUUGGAAAUUCGGCACAUACAUGUUAUCACUAGGUAACUUACAACGUUAGAAUUGCUGCUUAAGAAUUACAUAUUGAAUGUGUAAUUACAUGAAAAUUGUGUUCGGAAAACCAAAUAAAAUUACAAAAGGUUAUUGUUUGUGGGUGAAAA